AUGUUAAACACAAAGAUUGUAAUUUUAACUAUUUGGAUCAGUUUAUUCAAUAUUAGUGAAUCCUUCAACUUUCGAUAUGAUUAUGAUAAUUUCAGUAUUGGUGAGCAGUGCGUGACAAAAUAUAACGAACCAGGAACAUGCACAGAACUUGUAAAAUGUAAAAUUGCCGACCAACUUUAUCGAUCAAAACAAUCAUCAGAAAUUACAUUAUGUAAAGUAGUUGGACGAAUCCCAUUUGUGUGCUGUCCAUCAUAUCCAAAAGACUUAAUUGCAUCACCGCUUGUCAUCAAAUCAUCAACGAAAUUCCAAAAUGCACUUUGUAAAAAUGUGCAGAUUUUCGAAAAACUUGACAAUCACAUCAUUAGUGGAGAUAAGGCAGAAGUAUCAGAAUUUCCAUUUCAAGUAGCACUUGGGUAUUUUUCACAGGAAAUCAAAAGUUUUAAUUUUGACUGUGGUGGUUCAUUAAUUGCUGAUGACAUUGUCUUGACUGCUGCUCAUUGUGUUAAUAUCAAAGGAGCUCAACCAGUCAUGGUUCGAUUGGGAAGGACAUCUCUCGAUCUAAAUGAUGAAUAUGAUGAAUCAGAUCAUCAAGACAUCAAAAUUGAGGCUAUUAGAAUCCAUCCAAAAUAUUGUGUCAAAUACAAGCACAAUGACAUUGCAAUAAUAAAGUUAAGGAAGCCUUUCAAACCAUCAGAUUCAAUUGAAACAAUUUGUCUCUCAACAAGUGAUGCAAAUGCUCCAAAAGACUUUACCGUUACUGGUUUUGGGAUCACAUCAUUAGAAUACACAAAAAGAUCAGACUGGCUUCUUAAAGGAACAAUAACCGAAUAUCCACAUGACAAGUGCAAAUAUGAAUAUGGAAAAAAAGGAAUUAAAGUUAUCGAUUCUCAGCUCUGUGCCUUAAGUGACAAAGGAGUUGAUUCAUGUCAUGGAGAUUCAGGAGGUCCUGUAUCUUAUCAGAAAAACAAUAAACAUUAUUUGUUUGGAAUUACAUCAUUUGGCAGUGGAUGUGGUUCUUCAGUAUUUCCAUCAAUAUAUACAAAGGUCAACAGAUAUUUGGACUGGAUUGAAGAAGAAAUGUCAACAUUUGAAUAA